AUGGGUCUACCGCAAAGGACAGAUCCGGAAGAAGCAUCGGAAGCCAGACAGCCUGAUAUCAAUCCAGGGCCUUCUUCUACUCGAGAUGCCUCCCAACUUCCUCCAGAAGCGCUGGCACUCGCCACCAAGCUCUUCGACUUCGCACGGCAAGGCAAAGCCGCCGAGCUAGAGCAAUACAUUUCCGCUGGAAUCCCCGUCAACCUCACCAACCACAAAGGCGACACCCUACUGAUGCUGGCUGCGUACCACGGAUACGCGGACACCGUGCGAAUGCUGCUCGACCGCGGGGCGGACCCGGAUGUCCUGAACGAUCGCGGGCAGAGCCCAGUCGCCGGUGCGGUGUUCAAGGGUCAUGAUGAGGUCGUGCGGAUCAUGGCGGAGAAAGGAGCGGAUUUGGCGGCGGGACAGCCGAAUGCUAUCGAUUCUGCGAGAAUGUUCAAUCGUACGGAGUACUUGAGAUUGUUUCAGGUGGAGGAUUCGUGA